UUGGGAGCGGAGCAGCGCGCCCGUCUCGUCCCGCGUGUCCUGCCCAGCCCAGCCGUGCCGGUGUGGGGGUCCGGAGCGGCUUCCCCGUGUCCUGCCCAGCCGUGCCGGGUAAAAGGACACAGAAAAGAAGAUGGACUGGGGAACUCUGCAGGCUGUUUUGGGAGGUGUAAAUAAGCACUCCACUAGUAUCGGGAAGAUAUGGCUCACAGUACUCUUCAUCUUCCGUAUCAUGAUCCUGGUUGUGGCUGCAGAGAGAGUCUGGGGAGAUGAACAACAAGAUUUUGUCUGCAACACACUUCAGCCUGGCUGCAGAAAUGUUUGCUAUGAUCACUUUUUCCCCAUCUCUCACAUCAGACUCUGGGCCCUGCAGCUGAUCUUUGUCUCCACACCUGCGCUGCUGGUGGCCAUGCAUGUGGCUUACACCAGGCAUGAGAAGAAAAGGCGGUUCAGAAAUGGUGAGAAAAUUGAUAUUGAAGAGCUAAAAAAUGAAAAGAUUCACAUUCGGGGCCCCCUGUGGUGGACAUACACCAGCAGCAUCUUCUUCAGGAUCGUCUUUGAAGCCGUCUUCAUGUACGUCUUCUAUUACAUGUACGAUGGUUACCAGAUGCCCCGCCUGGUGAAGUGUGAAGCUUGGCCCUGCCCCAACACCGUGGAUUGUUUUGUGUCUCGGCCCACUGAGAAAACCACAUUUACUAUUUUCAUGCUUGCUGUGUCUGGGAUCUGCAUGAUGUUGAAUCUGGCUGAGUUGUGCUACCUAGUGAUAAAAAUUUGCAUGAAAGAAUCCAGGAAAACAACAGUUUUGAAAUAAGUCCCCAGUUUCAGGAUUUACUGGCUCCCCAUUUCCCUUAAACUUUUUUAGGUGUAACAAAACAAUAAACAAUAUUUUCACACUCAAGGAAAAGGAUAAAAAAAAUGAAUGUGCUUUUGUGUUUUAAAACUGAUAGCCUCCCCGGGAAGCCGAUUCUGAAGCAGGUUUUAAAGAUCAUAAGCUAAUUCAGUAUUCCUGCAUCUGCAAUUAGAGAGAGCAGUUUUCUGGUACCAGCUUCUCUAAGUAUGCCUGCUGCUCGGAUCCUAUUGUUGGGACAGUUAACUCUUCAAACAGUGGGAGUGGAAAGGACCAGAGAAGGCUCUAGUGCCCAGAGGAGAUCUAGUAAUCACGAAAACCCUGUGUUGGCUCAGGCAAAAUAAUAUCAAAGGUUUUUGGUUAAAAGUGGGGUAAAGGAUUGUUUUGGGGCACAUCACAUCUGGAGAGCACAAAAAUGGUGUAGAACCACAGGUACUCUGGCAGUGCAUAUCAGCUUUUCUGGGCACUAACAUGUUUUUUUCUUCUCCUUGCCUGAGAAGUAUUUCCUUAAGGGCUGGGGGUGGUAAGUCUCAACAGCCCGUCAACGCCAUUAGGUCAAUGCUGCCUCCCCACAGUCACAGAGACUACACCAGUGGGAGGAAUGAAGUUCAUUUUCAUUCUCUAGAUCAGAUGAGAAAAAGGAUUGUCACUUCUGGGUGAGUGAAGGCAGUGCAACAGUCUUCCUCCUUCUCUUGUUCUCCCCCAAUAUGUUGUGAGAUAUCUCAGUACAGUAGACUUUACCUGAUGGAGAGACAUUUUACCACCUGUGCCUCACUCAGCUAUAUACUUUUAAAACUUUUUUUUUUCCAAUAAAACCAAGAAAAAAACCUUUCUUCAUUAUUUUGGUUAUCCAAAGGAAGUGCUUCAACUUGCAGCAUGAUAUCCAGUGCUCCUUUCAUUGCUCUUUUUUUUUCUAUGUGGCCUGCACAGCUUUACUUCAUAAAACCUUCUCCCUAUCUGAGGUACCUUUCAAAUGAGUUGAGCAAACCACUCCCAGUCUCUGACAUUCCACAUUGUGAGAUUAAAUCACCAUUCCUUUUCUUAGAGUUGGUCUAGCAGGAAUUACAGACAGCUUGCAGAGCUAAAAUAGUAAAGGGACCCAAUCAGAAAUGAGGAGGAACUUGAUCUUUUUCUUGAAGUUCACUCUGCUGUGCUCUAAAUUGUAUAUUACUUAUUUGAAGUACUAUAUGAGUCAGUCUAGUCUUGUCUCAAAGUAGUCUCAAAAAGUGUUUUAUGCCUGUAAUGGGCAGUAUCUGGCAUAUUAGGGCAACACAGUUUAUCUCCCAAGUGCCUGCCCAUUGAACCCACUUCUAGAAAACUGGCUGUUUCUCCUUAGCUUUAAUAACUGGCUUUUCCCCAAAAUGAAUGAGCAUUAUCUCAGCUUCUCUAUUUGAAUUUAUCUUUUACUGUACAUUUAAGUUUGUCACUGUUGGAGUAAACAAAGCUUCAUUAAUUAAGAGCCAUGACCCUUCACUGUGCACUGAAAGUUGAUCAUAAACGGGCUUCCCUUGCUUGUGAGCUACAUCCAGUGUUACAACUUGACUGCAGAUGGAAAUCUGUCAUCUAAGAGGGAAGCAAGAAAACCAUAAAAACACCAUCCUCAGAACCAUGAAAAAAAUAUAGAAGGUCAUUCAUAAUGAGCUGGACUGGAAACUUGGACUAUGAAAACAUCCUUAAUUCAACUCCAAAGAACACAGUUUGGCACAUACCAGGUUUGUGCUUGAUAGAGUUCCUGCAUUGUUCCAUGUACAAGUAUGGAGAGAGCAAACUAGUCCCUGUGCUCUAGUAUUACAUUUCUUUUGUAACAAGUUUUUUUUUCUCCCUGAAAUUAUGGUUAAAGCAUUUCUGUGGUGUCUGUUUUCUGUAUUGUACGUGCUGUGUGUUACUUAUUGUGUCUAAUGAAAAAUGUUACUUAAUGUGCCAUAAUGGAAAAUGUAUACACCGAUACUCUACUCAGUAGCCAAGGGUUAGUGUAAGGAUUUUAGCCUUCUGCUGCAGGUUGGUGUUUCCACUGGUUACACUGCCUGUUACCCUGAGGUUUCCUGAGCUCAUAGUGGAAGGUCACAUAUGUGCUCCACUUGAAAUCAAAUAUGCUGCCUAAGAUAGCCCUGCAGCUAGAAAAGGCCAGUGAUAAACUUAACCAUAGGGAAAGAGUUUGUUUUCUCUGCCUGCCUUUGAAUUCAGAUGGAACUUGAAAUGAGACACACCAAAACUGUUAACACUAACACUAGGAAGUUAUCUUCAACUAGUAGCUUGGCAACCAGGUUAUCAGGAAAAAAAGAAAUACAACUGGGGAAAGUGUUUGGAUGUAGCCAAGACAGGGCUUUGAUCCAGAGGUGCAGCAUCAGGCAAUGAUAGCUCUGAGAUCUGUAUAUAUUUAAUUUGACUGAAUAGCUGCUUUAUAUGUGAAAAAAAAAUCAGAUACAUUAUAGGAACAUUGGAAUUGCACUUAUUUCUACAUGUGCUACAUUGCAUAGCUGACCUUCUACAGAUG